AUGAAUGAGGAAACAGCAGAUGAAGAGACUGAGGAGGAGACUGAGGAGGACAGGCACGAGAAGGAUGUAUCCCCACCGCGAAAGCGUGUCAAGAGGGCCUCUGACCAGAAGGUGACAUUCUAUGUCAACAUUCAAACAGCAGUGAACACCGUGACGAAAGGCCGGGGGGGUGCACGCAAGAGCAAUAGCAGCCGUAUCAUGCAACUUGGUCCAUUCAUCACAACAAACCCCCCGAGUGAAAACUUUCGCGAGUUUCAGGAUCACAUUGCCACCACCGCACGCUGUCGGUCCCGACAAGCCAUUAUCCAACGAGGCAGGCUAUGA